AUCCGGGUGUCAGCGUUAGCCCUUUUGACUAAAAACUCAGCCACGUUCGGCAUUUUUUCCGUGUUUGCUGGAGUGAAAAAUUGUUAUAUUCUGCAGUAAUUCCGCAUCGAUUAACGCCAAUUGCGGUCCACCGUGUUCGAGAUGAGUGAGACCAUUACUUGUACGCCGGAAUCGGCGAUUUUUGAAGCUCCGCAGCUUCAGUUUAACGAGGAUGGUUGGGGUCCCUGUGAGCUUCCGGAUGCCUUCAGGGAUAUUCCCUAUCAACCGUUCAGCAAAAGUGAUCGGUUAGGCAAGAUUUCCGACUGGACUGGUACGGCGCAAACCGACAAAAAGUAUCCGAAUAAGUACACUUCGCAAUUUGGUGGUGGAAGUCAGUAUGCGUAUUAUCACGAAGAAGAUGAAACAACAUUCCACCUGGUGGAUAGUGCUAGGGUCCAAAAGCCACCGCACCAGCGAGGUCGGUUCCGUGGUAACAUGAGAAACCAGCGUGGUCGCGGUCGCGGAUCUCGCGGUGGAGCUCAGGCUGGUGGAAUGACGAUGUUGUCCAAAAAUUCCAACAAGGGACGCGAUCAGCGUCGCGGAACUACCCGUAAAUGGGGCAAUCGAGGCCCGCCGCCCAAAAUUCGCGACGCUUCGGUUGCGGUACGUCCGGAUUGGGUAACAAUCGAAGAAAUGGACUUCCCGCGGUUGUCCAAGCUUUCGUUACCGAGCGUCAAAGAAGGGGAGACUAUUUGCGCAUGUGGUACACUGGAGUACUACGAUAAAACCUAUGAUCGUGUUAAUGUGAAAAAUGAGCGGCCACUGCAGCGUGUGGACAGAAUCUUCCACACCGUUACGACCACCGAUGAUCCAAUUAUUCGGGUACUUUCGAAGACUCAUGGAAAUGUUUAUGCUACGGAUUCUAUUUUGGCUACGAUUAUGUGCUGCACGCGGUCCAACUAUUCUUGGGAUAUUGUGAUUGAGAAAAUCGGCGACAAACUGUUCAUGGGUAAGCGAGAUAAUACGGAAUUUGAUCUGCUGACGGUAAAUGAAACUGCUAUUGAGCCACCACAAGAGGACGGAAGCUCUUUGAAUUCUCCCAGAAAUCUGGCGAUCGAAGCUACUUUUAUUAACAACAACUUCAGUCAGCAAGUUCUGAAGAGUGGCGAGAAGGAACUAAAAUUCAUGUUUGACGAACCGAAUCCUUUCAUCGGGGAUGAUGAAGAUGGCGAAGUUGCUAGCGUUGCGUAUCGUUAUAGGAAGUGGGAUUUGAACAACGGAAUUGUGCUGGUGGCUCGGUGUGAGCAUGAUGCUGUUCUGCAGACUCCCCAAGGCGAUACUCAGUUCCUUACAAUAAAGGCUCUGAACGAAUGGGAUUCGAAAUUGGCAAAUGGUGUCGAAUGGCGUCAGAAACUGGACACCCAGCGGGGUGCGGUUUUGGCUAAUGAAUUGCGCAAUAAUUCGUGCAAACUGGCCAAGUGGACCGUACAAGCUAUGCUAGCCGGAUCCGAUCAGAUCAAAUUCGGAUACGUGUCUCGUGCCCACGUGAGGGAUUCUUCUCGGCACGUCAUUCUUGGAACGCAGCAAUUUAAACCACAGGAAUUUGCGAAUCAGAUUAACUUGAGCAUGGAUAACGCGUGGGGUAUUCUGCGUUGCAUCAUCGACAUUUGCAUGAAGCAAAAGGACGGAAAGUAUUUGAUUAUGAAGGAUCCCAACAAGCCGAUGAUUCGCUUGUACGAUAUUCCUGAUAAUACGUUUGAAACCGAUGGUGAAGAGGAGGAGGGGGAUGAUGGUGAAGCCUUCCAACCGUAUUCUUAUGGAACGACACCGAAGCCAGCAGUUGCUGCACCGGUAGCUACUCCAGCGGCUACUUCUGUUGACACUGCUCCGGCAGCAGCCGCUGCGGCUCCUGUCACCGCACCUACAAUCGCGGCUGCUGUUGCUGCUGCCGUUACACCUGCUGUUAGUACUACAACUGCAGCCCCCACUACUGCUGCUGCUGCCGUUGCGGCCGCCACAACUUCUACCCCUACGACUACUACAACAGGUGCUGCGGCACCCGCGAAGUAAACAAUCGCCGAUUUUAUUGUCCACUAUAUUACAUUUUCAAAUAUUCGUUAACAGCAACAGUUAAGAAGCGCAGUAAGUCGCCGCAUAAAUCGUAGUAGGGAAUUAAGUUAACCAAUGAAAUAUAUAAAGUUUUGUCGGUGGCUUUUGGCUGCCGGGAAGACACCAAAA